GCGCGUCCCAACCUUCCCAAAUCGCGGUCUCAGCUCUGCUCCGCCCUCGCCCACCCGCCCGUUUCGCAUGCCCCCAAAUCCACCGUGGCCGCGCCGCCGUAGCAGCAGCACCACCCCGUCAUCGGCGGCAGGAGGAACAGCAGCAACGAGGAGGCGUUUCAGGAGGUGGACCCGACCGGGCGGUUCGGGCGGUACGCGGCCAUGCCGGGAUGGGCUCCGUCAAGAAGGUUCGACCAAGAGGAGUGCAUCGAGGUGGCGUGGAACCGGGUGCGCCUGCGCGCUCUGGACCCCGCCAUGGUCGACCGCCGCCAUGCCGAGGUGCGCCUUCUCCGCUCCCUCCAUCGUGACCACAUCAUAGGCUUCCACGAGGUCUGGCUCGACCAUGACGCUGGCGUGCUGAACUUCAUCACCGAGGUUUGCAACUCGGCGAGCCUUCGCAAGUAUUUCGACCGCCACAAGCACGUCUCCGUCAAAGCGCUCAAGAAGUGGGCGCUCCUUGAGGGCCUUGACCACCUCCACACCCGCGACCCCUGCAUCAUCCACCGCGACCGUACUUGCAGCAACGUCUACAGCAACAGCAACACCGGC